AUGAUGACAAGUGGGCAAGUUGUCCCAGGAAGCCUUUAUGUCUACAUUCCCAAUAAGGGAGCCCCCAUCUUCUUCACGAUUGCAUUUGCUUCCUCGGCAGUUGGCUAUAUCUGGCAAUGUCUCCGGUACAAAUGCAUUAGAAUGAUCGGCCUGCAGCCAUUCUGUGCUGUACUGUUUACGGUUGGCUAUGCUAUGCGGGCAUAUGGAGCCUAUGGACACCAUAUGUACAACUCACAAAACCUGGUCAUCUAUAUUCUCAGCCAGGUUUUUAUUUAUAUAUGCCCUCCGCUUCUCGAGCUCGCCAACUACCACGUUCUCGGUCGGAUUUUCUACUACGUCCCAAAUCUUGCACCUCUUCCUCCCGACAAAGUUCUUGCUAUUUUCGGUGGUCUGAUGGCUCUCGUCGAGGCGUUGAAUGCUCUAGGGGUAGCUUUCAACACUAACCCAACCGGCACCCAGCAAGAAUUGGGAAAAGUCUUGAUCCUAGCCGCGCUCGCCCUUCAACUCUGCGUGAUUGCUGUAUUCGUUGCUAUAACAGGCUCCUUUCACUGGCGGUGCGUGAAAGCGAAAAUCCGCCGCAGGUCUCUCCCGACUCUCCUAGUCAUGCUAAACAUAAGUAUGGCAUUGAUCUUGAUCCGUUGCAUCUACCGUCUGGUGGAACACGUAGGUAACACGUCGGUGGAUCUCAAUGACCCCGAAAAACUAAGAACCCUGAGCCCCCUUUUGCGGUAUGAGUGGUUCUUCUAUAUUUUUGAGGCAUCCCUCAUGCUCCUCAACUCUCUCCUAUGGAACGUGUUCAAUCCGGGCCGCCAUCUUCCCAGACACCAUACAGUUUUUUUGGCGGCUAACGGUACGACCGAAAUCGAAGAGGUACAAGUCCAGGAUGACAAACCGGUCUUCGUUAAGGCUGCGUAUGUCGCCAUGAAUAUCCUGACCUUUAACCUGUUUCGCCUUUUUGCCCGCCACAAGGAUGAAGAAGGUCAUCGGCUUACAGAGCGGAAUAAGCACUCUCGUCAGGCUUGA